CUCUAGGUUCCGCCUGCUGCGUGUGGGAUUUGGCGUUUCCCACGGUUGCCUGAGACACGGGCCUUCCCAGACACUAGCGUAGACAGGAAGGUGGGCUGGGAGGUCCCUUGUGUCCCCCACCCUGCCCCGACGGGCUGUCCUGGCAGCAGGGCCUGCGGGCUGCGGGGGCAACAGGCGCACUCCCCCCCAGCCCCGAGAGGGCGCUGUGGGCGCCGCCAUGGCGCGGCCGGAGGCAUCCCCGGGGAGGAGCCUCUCCUGAAGCCGCCUCCGCGAUCGCAAACCCGGAAGACGCGCUCAGGCUGCUCGAAGGGUGAGGUGCGGGCCGGCACGGCCAUGCAGCCGCUGGAGGUGGGUCUGGUUCCUGCUGCAGCGAGGGAGCCGAGACUGACCCGCUGGCUGCGGAGGGGCAGCGGGAUCGUGGCGCACCUGGUGGCUUUCGGCUUCACCAUCUUUCUGACAGUGCUGUCGCGGCCAGGAACCAGUCUUUUCUCCUGGCACCCUGUGUUCAUGGCCUUGGCGUUCUGUGUCUGUAUGGCCGAGGCCAUCCUGCUGUUCUCACCAGAGCACUCCCUGUUCUGCUGCUGCUCCCGAAAGGCACGGAUCCGGCUGCACUGGACAGGGCAGACACUGGCCAUCCUCUGCACAGCCCUGGGCCUGGGCUUCAUCGUCUCCAGCAGGACCCGCAGUGAACUGCCCCAUCUGGUGUCCUGGCACAGCUGGGUAGGGGUGCUGACCCUGCUGGCCACCAGCGUCCAGGCACUGUGGGGGCUCUGCCUUCUCUGUCCCCGAGCUACCAGGGUCUCCAGGGUGGCUCGUCUCAAGCUGUACCAUCUGACAUGUGGACUGGUGGUCUACCUGCUGGCCACACUCACAGUGCUCCUGGGCAUGUACUCAGCAUGGUUCCAGGCCCAGAUCAAAGGGGCAGCCUGGUAUUUCUGCCUGGCACUGCCCCUCUACCCAGCCUUGGUGAUCAUGCACCAGAUCUCCAGCUCUUACCUGCCGAGGAAGAAGAUGGACAUGUGAAUUCCUGCAGGCUUGGGUGUAGCCUUGGUGUUGAGUACUUCCACUGGUGACCUCCAGAGGGGACCUGCUUUGGAAGUGGUCAGGUUUUGUUUUUGUUUUUGUUUUUUGCACUUUUUGGGUUGGUGGGGGGUGGGGGCUGCAGAAACUCAAGGUGCUAUUUAUUGGGAGGGAGGACUCAAGGGGGCAAAGGCCCCAGGUGCACGUGACCGCUGCUCAAGAGCCUGAUCCUAAAGCCUCCCUCUUCCUUAGAUGGAGUAGCAGGUGGUGGCAGAGGUGGAUUUAGGGUAAUCGUUUCUGUUUGCUGUACACCUGACUUCAGCGCAGGGUUCCUGGAUGUUAUCUGUAGUAGACACAGCUGUCUGAGUCACUUUGGAGAAUGUGCCGUGUGGUAGAAAGAGGCCAGGAGUCUUGCUUAUGGGCUCUGGUCUCCUAGGUAUGGUUGUGUGUGACUUCCGAUAAGUUGCGUAUCUCAGGACCUGAGUCUCCUCAGCUAAGAAAUGAAUGUAUUGUUUUAAAAGAUUUGUUUAUUUUUAUUUGAAAGGCAGGUUUUACAAGGAGGAGAGCAAGGUCUUCCAUCCACUGGUUUACUCCCCAGAUGGCUGCAACGGCCAGAUUUGAGCUGCCUGGAAGCUGGGAGCCAGUAGCUUCUUUCAGGUCUCUCAUAGUGGAGGAUCCCAAGCACUUGAGCUGUUCUCCACUGCUUUCCCAAGACACAGAGAGGUAGAACAGCUGGGACACGAACCGGCACCCAUAUGGGAUGCUGGCCCUGCAGGACAGAGGAUUAGCCCACUGUGCCAUCCCACUGGCCUUAAGAAAUGAAUGUUUCUAAAUAGUCUCUAAGCGUCCGUCAGGUUGAUGCUUCAGAACAUCCUCUCCCAGCCUGGAUCACGUGACUCACGUAGCAGCCUAUGGAUGGGAGUUCUUACAUUCAUCGUUCUUAUCCUCACCCAGUGGGACUAGUCUGCCCUGGUGACCCUACAGAAGUUUGCCAACCUUUCCCCUGGCAGGCACUGUGGAUAAGCAGGGGUCUAGGUGACAAUAAAGGCACUAAAGUAAUUUUAAAGUUUUUACAGGAGGGGAACCGUCUGGCUUAAACAUGCUGUAGCUCGUGGCUGGGGUACUUAGCAUGCUAAGAAUUUCCUUCUCCUGAAUCCUAGGCAGGCUGGUGCUUUACCCUCCCAGGGCCCAUGUUCUUGCUUGAGUGCUGAGCUUUGUAGAGCUCUUUAAAGCUCUAAGAAUACAACAGGGACCAGGGAAGUGGGACAGGGCCCUUCUACCUGAAGAAAACAGCCACCCUAGUUCCCUUCUCUUCUUGACAUCGAAGCUUUUGGAGAUGUCUCCUGCCAGCCCUAGGCUCAGGAGAGGGCUGAAUUCUAGUGCCAGCUGACAAACAGUGGCCAG